AAAAGGCUAACCUAUCGAGGAAUUCUUCACAGUUAGCUUUUGAACUGAUAACAGCACAGACCAAAAUGUUCAAACUGGUGGUGUUGUCUGUCGUAUUGGCAUUGGCGGUAGCCAAGGCUUCCGUCGUUGCUCCACUAUGGGGUGGCUUAGCUACACCCUGGGCGGCACCUUGGGCUGCACCUUGGGCUGCACCUCUUGCUGUGGCUGCACCGAUCGGCGCUCACAACUACAGAGGUCCAUUGUCACUCGCCCCCGGUCAGCCCGCUAACAUCCUAGCUGCUGAUGGCAGGCCACUUGACACCUUGGACGUAAACGUCGACCGUGCUGCUCAUUUAACCGCCAAAGCUAUCGACCACGCUGGAGUUCAUUUGUUAAAGAAGAGAUCGUUAGUCGCCGCUCCUCUGGUAGCUGCUCCAGUAGCUGCUCCUGUAGUGUGGAACGGUGUGCACGCUGCACGUGUCCUCGCACCCGUCGCCGCUGCUCCUCUUGCUGUGGGGUGGGGACACGGAGCCUGGGCUCACGGUUGGUGAAGAGCAAACACACAUUGAAUUAGGAUAAGGUCAAAGAAAAUAAAAUUAAUAAAGAGAGUUAGUUACCUGUA